AUGAAAAUUUCUGUAAAAGUUUGUCUAUUACAAUUGUUGUGUAAUAGUUUAAACCUAAUAACAGUUUUUAAUAGUUUGAGCUUUGUAACAGCUCAGUGGUGUGAUCGUUUAGAAGAGGUUAAUAAAACUCGCUUAGAAAUGAGACAAGGUGAACGUGUGAUGACUAGGAAAAAUUUUUUUGGUUUAAUCAGGAAUCAAAAUGUACCUUAUGUUUACACAACAGUGCAGUACUACAAUGACUACGAACGAGUUAGUGUUUGCUGUGAUGGUUAUAAUAAAGUUAGUGAUACCAAAUGUGAGCCCAUCUGCAAACCAUCAUGUCCCACAAAUAGCCACUGCAUACGACCGAAUAUCUGUGAAUGUGAUGUGAAAUAUAGAGGUUACACUGCCGGACCUCACAUUAUACAAUGUGAACCGAUUUGUCUACCAGACUGUUCGAAAAAUGCCCAAUGUAUAGCGCCAAAUCAAUGUGAAUGUAUCAGUGGUUACGAAGACACUGACAGCAUUGGAUGCCAGCCAAUAUGCAAAGAAUGUCCCCUAAAUUCAAGCUGUACAAAGCCCAACGAAUGUACAUGUAAUGCCGGCUAUUUAGAUAAUGGUUUGGGUGAAUGUAAACCCGUAUGUAGCAAACAGUGUCCGAAAUUUAGUGAAUGUAAGAAACCAGAAACAUGUAGCUGUCAGGAAAACUAUGAAAUGAAAGACGAUAAAUGUUUGCCCAUAUGCGAAGAGAAAUGUCCUGCAAAUUCCCUGUGUAUAAAACCCAAUGAAUGUGAUUGUGAAGCAGGUUACGAGAAGACGGAGCAAGUAAAUAGCACUAGCUUUAAAUGUUUGGCGAAAUGUGAUAACGAUUGUCCUGCCCAUAGCGAAUGUGUCCAGCCUAAUGUGUGUGAGUGCCAGUCGGGUUAUAGCAGAUCCCAAGAUCUCCAAUGUCAGCCCAUAUGUGAGAAUGCCUGCCCCGAACAUUCCAGCUGUAUCGAGCCCAAUAAAUGCCUGUGUGAGGCUGGCUAUCAGUUAAAGUUAUCUUCUGUAUAUAAUCUGUUUUGUGAGCCGGUAUGGCAGUCAAACUGUUCUACAUUUGGCAAAUGUGUGCAACCCAACAAAUGCGAAUGUCUGGAGGGCUAUGAAAUGGAUGAGAUGGAAGUAUGUCAACCCGUAUGUAGCGGAGGUUGUAAGAAUGGUUUGUGUUUUCAACCAGAAGUUUGUAUCUGUAAGCCGGGCUAUUUAAUGGGCCCCCAAGAAGAGUGUGAACCUGUCUGUUCAAUGACUUGCCAAAAUGCAUCUUGUAUUGAGCCGGAAAUAUGUCAGUGUCAUGAUGGCUAUCGUUUUCAAGAAAACUCCAUCAACAUAUGUGAGCCAGUGUGUGAGCCACAGUGUAUAAAUGGCAUUUGUGUGGCAGCCAAUGUAUGCAUUUGCAAUGAAAAUUUUGUGCCCACAGCAACUGAAGAGGGUCUUAAUCACAGUCACUGUCAACUAAUACAAACCAGCACCACAGUCUCAGAAGAUCCAACUAAGGAAACCACAACUGCUACAGAAGAGACUAUAGAAAACGAAUCAAAAACUACAACAGAUUUAGAGAUUACUUCCCCAACUGAAGCGGAUAUUUCCAGCACUUUACAUUCCGAUCAAUUAAAACAAACUACUGCCAGCUCUUUACAAUCAGCCGACAUUUGCCAUGAGAAUUGUCAAUGUUGGCAGGAAAUUGAUGAAUAUGGUCCCUUAGUUACAAAACAAUGUUCACGCAUAUGUGUGGAUGCCAAUGACAAACCUUGUCUUGAUUUAAAACACUGCCAAUGUGAUGUUGCCAAAAAUCAGUUAGUCUGUCAUAUCUUCGAAGAAUCAAUGGAAGCUGAUGAUGAUCCAUUUUACUAUAUGUGUGCUUUACAACGUUCUAAAGCCACCACAUUUAAGCCCCUGGAGGAGGGCAAGAGCAAUGAAAUGAUAAGUUUACCACCUGCCAAACCUACAGAUUUUCCCUUGUGGGGGUCAGCCUCAGUGGGAGUAUUACUGGUAGCAAGUGCAAUAGGUGGCCUGCUAUAUGUUCGUUUUAAGAAAGUAGAAGAACCCAUUAUGGAGUACGAGCUGUGAAAUUAAAUUACAAUUAUUUUAAAGUAUACAAUUUAUGAAAUUAUAUUUAUCGAAAAACAAUAUUUUUUACUAAUUAAUAUAUUAUAAGCAUUUAAUUAAGCAUUGUGAAACAUUUCGUUAGAAAGUGUAACUGUGACCACUGUGCUUUAAAUAAUUAAGUAAAGAAUUAACUAAAUAAAAUUGGUGAUGUUUACAUCUCUAUUAAGAAUAA